CAUACGACCAGCUUUAGCCAAUAUAAAGAGCGCAGUAUUUUUCCAGGUUUUAAAAAACCUGCGUAACCUUCAACCUUUUCGGGAUCUGAUGAAGCUGACCUGCCCUCCAAACUCCUCUUGUUCUGUUUCAAAUGGGGCUUCAGGGUCUCUUCUUCGUACCAGGCUUUUCUUAACCAUUUCUCCCUAUUAUUCCUCUCGAUCUGGCCAACCCCAGACCUCUGUGGCAUUUUCCAAAAAUCCACCAUUUUGCUUCUGGUUUUGUUUCUUGAAUAAACCAGGGUAGGCAGGAAAAAAAAAGUAUUAGGGGAUUUGCAAACAAGAAAGACCCUUGAAAAUUUCCUCCAAAGCAACCCAAGGCAUAAAGAAGCACUAAUCAGCAGGCCAGGUUUUAUCACGUGACGCUUAUAGUGCCAAUAACAUUCAGAUGUGACGCACCAGCAGGGGGGAGAAAAACAACCUAACCCAGGAACAUCAUCUUGCAGCGUAGGACUCGUAGCCAGAUUUGAAUGGCAUCCCUUUCGACGGGCGAAAUGGAACAGGAUAUUAAUGAAAGCAGUAUGGUCAAACCAUCUAAAAGGAAGGAAAUGUCUAGUCCAAUUUAUGUUGGUAGAGAAGAUGAUAUUAAAAAGCUCCAGAGAACAACAGCCACUGUCCACGGGAGACAAGUUGUUAUUUUCUACCAUGGUGGACACUUUUACGCUCUGGAUUGCCGCUGUUACCAUGCAGGAGGUCCCUUACAUCUUGGUGAAAUAGAGGAAAUCAAUGGGCAAUCAUGCAUUAUUUGUCCUUGGCAUAAGUAUAAAAUAACUCUGAAUACAGGUGAAGGAUUGUAUCAAGCAAUAAAUCCCAAAGAACCAUCUGCAGUACCCAAGUGGAAAUCAAAAGGAGAAAAACAAAGGACUCACAGAGUCACCGUGGACAACGGAAAUGUUUAUGUGACUCUUUCAGAUUUAAUGGAGUAUAAAGAGUCUGACUACUAUGCUGAAAAAUACAAAACAGAAAAAAUUGCAGAGAAAUAAACUUUUAAAUAACA